CUCCGCUCGCACAGCCGGUUCCUCUUUACAUAACGGCGCGAGGCGGCAUGGGCUCGGGCCACCGCCUCCGCCCGGCCGCCCGCCCGGACUGUCGCGGCCCGUGGUGGCGACGGCGGCGGCAGCAGCAGCAAAGUUUCCCCGGCGGCGGCCCAGGGGCGCAUCCUCCCGCAACUGUCAAGCGCUGGCGGCGGAAAUGAUGAGGUGCUGGCCAUUUUCCGAGCCCGGGUUUCCUGCCUGAGCCCCGCUCGAGCGAGCCGCGAGCCAGGAGCCGGCGCGUGGGAGAGAACGCGCCCGGGGCGGGGGCCCGCCCGCCCCCUCGGGAUUUCGGGGGGCCGGGGGCGCGCGACGCCAUGGGCAGGCCGGGCCCGGACCCCCUCUCUUUCAGCCUGGCCGCCCCACCUCGGUCUCCGCCAUGAACGGACCCACCCUGCAGCCCUCCUCGGCCUCCUCCGCGUCCUCCCCGUCCCCGUCGGCAGCGUCGUCGCCGUCCCCGCGGGGCUGGAGCGAAUUCUGCGAGCUGCACGCUGUGGCCGCGGCCCGGGAGCUGGCCCGGCAGUACUGGGUCUUCGCGCGCGAGCACCCGCACCACGCGCCGCUGCGCGCCGAGCUCGUGUCGCUGCAGUUCACCGACCUCUUCCAGCGCUACUUCUGCCGCGAGGUGCGCGAGGGCUGGGCGCCCGGGCCGCCGGGGUCCCGGGCCGCGCCGCCCGCUCGCGACUACCGGGACACGGGCCGCGGGCCCCCGGCCAAAGCCGAGGCGGCCCCGGCCGAGUCGGGCCCGGGUCCCGCCGCCCCCGCGCUGCCCAAGGCCCGCAGCUCGGAGGAGCUGGCCCCGCCGCGGCCGUCCGCCGCCUGCACCUUCCAGCACCUGCGCCACAGCCUCCGCCACAUCCUGCGCCGCGGCUCCGCCGGGGAGCUGCCCGCCGCCCCCGGGGCCGCGGGGGAGGCGGGCGAGGGCCCGGCCCGGGCCGGCCUGGCCAGGAAGCUCCUGCCCUGGAGCCUGGCGCGUGAGCCGCCGCCCGAGGCCCUCAAGGAGGCGGCGCUGCGCUACAGCCUGGCGGACGAGGCGUCCAUGGACAGCGGGGCGCGCUGGCAGCGGGGGCGGCUGGCGCUGCGGCGCGCCCGGGGCCCCGACGGCGGCGCGGACCGCGUGCUGGAGCUCUUCGACCCGCCCAAGAGUUCAAAGCCCAAGCUACAAGCAGCCUGCUCCAAUAUCCAGGAGGUCCGGCGAUGCACACGCCUCGAGAUGCCAGACAACCUCUACACCUUUGUCCUGAAGGUGAAGGACCGGACGGACAUCAUCUUCGAGGUGGGGGACGAGCAGCAGCUGAACUCCUGGAUGGCUGAGCUCCGGGAGUGCACAGGCCAAGGCAGGUUGGAGAGCACAGACCCAGAGAGACCUAUUCCCUCAGCCCUAGAGCCUGGCACAUCCAACUCUCCGAGGGGAAGCACAGAUUCCCUGAACCAAGGUGCUUCUCCUGGGGGGUUGCUGGACCCCGCCUGUCAGAAAACAGAUCACUUCCUGUCCUGCUACCCCUGGUUCCAUGGCCCCAUCUCCCGGGUGAAGGCAGCCCAGCUGGUUCAGCUGCAGGGUCCUGACGCUCACGGAGUGUUCCUGGUACGGCAGAGUGAGACACGGCGUGGAGAGUAUGUGCUCACAUUCAACUUCCAAGGCAUAGCCAAGGUACAGGGCAUGCACCUGCGCCUGUCGCUGACCGAGCGGGGCCAGUGCAGAGUGCAGCAUCUCCACUUCCCCUCCGUCGUGGACAUGCUACGCCACUUCCAGCGCUCCCCCAUCCCGCUCGAGUGCGGUGCUGCCUGUGACGUCCGCUUGUCCAGCUACGUGGUAGUGGUCUCCCAGCCACCAGGUUCCUCCAACACUGUCCUGUUCCCCUUCUCCCUCGCUCACUGGGAUUCGGAGCUGGGCCUUCCCCACCUUAGCUCUUCUGGCUGUCCGCGGGGGCUUGGCCCAGAGGGUCUCCCCGGCCGAUCCUCUCCCCCAGAGCAGAUAUUCCACCUGGUGCCUUCGCCCGAGGAACUGGCCAACAGCCUGCGGCACCUGGAGCCUGAACCUGCCAGUCGAGCCCGGGACUCAGACUACGAAAUGGACUCCUCCUCCCGGAGCCAUCUACGGGCUAUAGACAAUCAGUACACACCUCUCUGAUGGGCAGUGAGGAAUCCCAGGCCUCACACAUGCCCCCAAGGAACACAAGCAAGCAGAGAUGUGAACUUGUGAAUGUAACUUUCUUUCCUUCCUUCCAGAGAGAGAUUUAAGGGACACUGCUAACUGCUCAUUCCAGUUUGGAUGUGACCCUUCUAAUAGGCCUGUUAAAGGGCCUCCUAUAUGUUUCAUCAGUCCAUCAAUUGGCUUUCUCCUUAUUGUUUACAGAUGUAGUUCUUGUUCGCAGAUGCCACUAAUUCUCGCCCCGAGUCCCCAGGACCGGUCCCCAUCCCUCUUACAGGACGUGGUGGGUGAGGGCCAGAGCUGGUGGCGGAACCUGGGUUCUCUUUCUCACUGACACUGUCACAGCUGAUGGCAGACUUUCGGGGGCGGGGGGGGUCAUCAGGAAGCCCAAAACACUAACAAGCCCUGGAUUCUCAUAUGGUUUGCCAGUCCACGCGGCAGGUCUGCCGGCACCCACGCCGCCCUCCUGCUUUGCCUCACAGCUUUAGGACAAAGCUCAAAGUUAAAAAUUGUUUUAAACAUUUUACCUCAGAUUAAUUUUUCAAAGGAUUCAGGUUUUGAAACUCAAUUAUUGCUUAUUUCAUUGCACUCUUUAAUAGCUAUGCAAACCCUACUUGACUAGUUCCGGGUCUAAGCCAGCAUGCCUGGCUUCCAUGUUUUUUUCAUCCUCAGGACAGUCACCUGCUGAGUAGCCACUGUCCUUCCUAAAUGUAGAGAAGUGAAGUAUGUCACCCUUUCAGGGAAAUUCAGGCAAUUACUGAAAUAGGAGGGUGGCAAGGAAUAGUUCUACCCUGGUGCCUUAUGAAUAAAAAACUGGAUUCUGGUUUAUAGCCGCUUUCUGGUGAGAGUUAAAUUAGUUUAAGGGGUGAGGGAGGGACAAGCAAAAAGGAGGAAGGGCUCCUGGGCCCUUUCUUCUGGUAAAUCCUUCACCAACAGGGCUGGCUCAGAGCACCUCCCCCGCCCCCCGCCGCGGGGGCAUCUAAUGGCUUAUAAACUAUCCCACAAGGUUUUAGGCUCAUUCUUGAGCCAAGAUAGGAGCUAGGAAUCUGGUGCCACAGCUAAUGAGAAACUCCUUUAACAGCCCACAAUCAAUCAGUGUUCUGUUCCAGCUGCUUACUGCUUCACUUGGUGAGGAAUGUGAGCGCACGGGCACACAUCGUCUCCACCGGCCAGGGAUCCUGCAGUCAAAUCUCCAUCUGUACUUGCCUUUCACCAGUAAUACAAUUCACAGGGGAGCUGGCUCCUCCCAGAACUUUCCUGCAGAGGCUCCGAAACAAGGGGGGCAGUGAGAGAGUGGAGCCAGCUGCUCCUGGGUGCCAGCAGAGCCUUUCAGUAGAGCCACCAGGCUCACCAAAGUGGCUUCUAGGAAACUGGGAGUUUAGCACAGUUUAUCAUUUAUAGAUACAUCAAUCAGGCUAACUUUAAACCCUGGCCUAAAACUAACUACUGCCUGCCUUAUCUGGGGUGAGGGUUUGGUUUGCACCCUCCAGCCAUUCUCUGUAUUCCCAGAGGUCAGACUUUUGCUUCUAGAAUUUUCUGGGGUUUUUUUUGGGGGGGGGGGGAAGGUGGAGGGGGCAAGCAGUCACCUCUUCACCACUUUAAAAACCAAUGCUCCUGGGUGUUUUCAUAGAUUGUAAAGCAGAUCCGAUCCAGAUUUGUGGUCUUUUUCUAAGGACACUUCUUUCCUUCAUUUUUCUACACAUCAAUCAGGUUUCUCUACGUAAUGAAUGCUAAGUGAAGUGUGAACCAGAGAAGUAAGCACUGUUCUGGAUUUCUCUUAGAGAAAGCUCAUCACGCACGGUCACAGCAUACCCCACACCACCCUCCUGACCCCAGUGUGGCCGCUGCUGACAGCAAGAAGCCAAGCCAACAGCCUCCACUGAGAGGCCAGGCUCUGAGUGCCAAAUGGAUAGUAAGCACUAUGAUCCCUCCAGUUAUCUCUAGUGACAGACAACAAGGAUAGCUUGACUGCUCCCAGCACCAUCACUUCCUUCUGUCUUGAAUGAACUUUUACAAACUAACAGUCACCAGCACCAAAGAAUUAAGUCAACUAACCUGCCUUGAAUUUUAGACCAGCAAUCCAUAUGGCUUUAUCUGGUAUAAAUCUUCUGCCUUUGAUCAUUUCUGGACCGUGUAGGAAAAAGGAAUAGCAAUCAUUAAAAUCUUAGGCCAGAGAACACUAUUUUUACAUAACAGUUUCUUAACCUAAAAUCAAGGCCUUGAACUCUUCCCUAAGUGUUGCCUGAGAUUCCUUCAUGCUUUUAAUUCAGGGCUGUGUCUCCUAUCGCAAAUGUCAUGUGAGCUCUAACAUCUCCCACAGGCUUGAGGAACUUGAUAGUAUAUUAUCCACUGCCUCUUAACAAGGACACAUCUGACACCCAG